AUGGAGUCUCUUACUGGUGCUACGCCAAAGGUGGACUGGGAAAGUGGUGACCUGCCGGGAACAUGGAAAAAAUUCAAAGCACACACGGAAUUUAUGUUCAAUGGACCACUGAAAGAUAAAACAGAGGAAGAAAAAUGCAGUUACCUCAUGAUCUGGGUUGGCGAAAAAGGUAGGGAUAUCUACAGCACUUGGCACAUUACUAAUGAGGAACGAAAGAAAUUAGAAACGUACUACACAAAAUUCCAGGCCUACUUUCAACCGAAAAGUAACAAAAUAUUCUCACGCUACAAAUUCAACUGUAGGACACAGCAAGAAAAUGAAACAUGUGAGGAAUUCUUAACAGCAUUGAAAGUUCUAGUUAAGGACUGUGGUUACGCUAAUUCAGAAGAAAUGCUGAGAGAUAGGAUAGUGUUCGGAGUGCGUUCAGCGAAAAUUAGAGAAAAACUGAUUACUACCGGAAGUGAUUUGUCAUUAAAUCAAGCAAUAGACAUAGCGAAUUUAUAUGAACUCUCUAGAGCUCAACUGAAAACUAUGAGUGAGGACAGUAAAGGCGACCUCGUAGGAAACGAAGUGAACCGUAUCACAACAAACUACAAAGGAAAGCAGUCAGAUUUUCCGAAAUGCAGACAGUGUGGAAAUAGGAAACACGAAGCCGGAGAAAGGUGUGUCGCAAUUGGGAAAACAUGUUCUAGUUGUGGUAAGAGAAACCAUUUUGCGCGAGUAUGUGAAUCUAGUGUGAAAACAAAGCGAAGUGAACCAGGUGCUUUCAGAGGAAAUUCGCGUGGGAAAUAUUAUGGAAAGCAAUCAAGGAGACAAAAGAAUCGUCCAGUGAAUAUGAUUCAAGAAACUGAUUCUGAUGACAAUGACUUAGAUGAUGGAAAUUAUUUUUUCAUGGGAAUGAUUGAUGCUGAUAUCAACACGAUAGAAAAUUGGACUACGUCAUUGAGAGUAGGAGACACAGAUGUACAGUUUCUCAUGGACACAGGUGCAAAGUGUAACGUGAUUACCAGAGACACUUAUCGAAGGCUUAAAAUCACAACAGCACUGGAGAAAGCGGAGGCGUUACUGAAAUCAUAUUCAGGACACAAAAUCACAGCUGAUGGUAUGCUCACCAUUCCACUGAAAUGCAAUGGUCAAACUCAUUCUAUGAAAUUCUACAUAGUCGACAGAAAUGCGCCAAACAUCUUGGGAGCAGAUGCUUGUCACAAACUGGACUUGGUGAGACCGAUGAACGCUAUUUCGUCGAAAACUGAAAUCGUCAAGGACAACCUUCAGACCACAGGAAGUGACAUUUUGAGUGAACCUCAAUAUGCAGAACUAUUUGAAGGAUUGGGAUGCCUACCCGGGAAGUAUUCCAUUAAGUUAGAUCCAUCGGUUACGCCUACUAUACACCCACCUCGCAAGGUACCGAUUUCGCUGAAGGACAAAGUGUACGAAGAACUCCAGAGAAUGGAAGAACUGGGAGUUAUCGAACGUCAAACAGAACCUACACCAUGGGUAAACAGCAUGACAGUUGUGAACAAAGGAUCCAAAAUUCGAAUCUGUAUUGACCCUCGAGAUCUAAACAAUGCCAUACAGCGUGAACACUUCCCGUUGAAAACCGUUGAGGAUGUGAUCGAGAACAUGUCUCAAGCAAAGUACUUCACAAAGCUGGAUGCCGUAAGUGGUUUUUGGCAAAUCCAACUAGAUGAGCAAAGUUCCAGACUUUGUACAUUCAACUCACCAUUUGGACGUUUCCGAUUUAAGCGGAUGCCCUUUGGUAUUAAGUCAGCGUCCGAGGUAUUCCAGAAAAUCAUGUCACAAAUGCUGGAAGAUAUUUCCGGUGCGGAAGUCAUCAUUGAUGAUAUUUUAGUAUGGGGAUCUUCGAUUGAAGAGCACGAUCAGCGUUUACGCAGAGUGUUGCAACGCGCUAAAGAGUACAACCUGAAACUCAGCAAACAAAAGUGUGAGGUACGAAAAACUGAAGUGAAGUAUGUAGGACAAGUACUCACCCAGAAAGGAGUAAAACCGGAUCCAGAAAAAGUCCGUGCCAUCUCCAUGAUGCAGAAACCAGAAAAUCGACAGGAACUAUUAACAUUCUUAGGACUUGUUCAGUACCUUGGAAAAUUUCUUCCGAGACUAUCAGAUGUCAGUGCUCCACUACGGAAGUUGACUGAAACAGCAGCAGGAUCUGAAUGGAACUGGAACAAGGAACAGGAAGUCAGUUUCAAAACCAUUAAGGCAAUGAUUAUAGAAGCUCCAGUUUUGGCAUACUAUGACCCAAAACAACCAUUGACGCUCUCUGUGGACGCUAGUUCUAAAGGACUUGGUGCUACUAUCUUACAGCAGGGUAGACCCAUCGCGUACGCCUCAAGAGCACUCACAGCGGCCCAAAGGAACUACGCACAAAUAGAAAAGGAAGCCUUAGCAGUGGUAUUUGGAUGUCAUAAGUUUCACCAUUACAUCUAUGGAAGACAGAUAACUGUGGAAUCAGAUCAUAAACCAUUGGAGUCAAUAUUUCGUAAACCGCUCUUAGCAGCUCCUAUGCGUUUACAAAGACUACUUCUUGCAGUCCAGAAAUAUGACUUAAAGAUAGAAUACAAACCUGGGAAACUCAUGUUUAUCGCUGAUGCUUUGAGUCGCCACUACCUAGAUGAAACUACAGAAGAACUGGUACCCGAAGUUGAUGUCAAUAGCAUCACGCUUAACCAACAUCUACCAAUGUCGAAAGACCGCUAUACCGAAUUUCAACAAGAAACACUACGUGAUUCUACUUUGCAACAGCUUCUACACACAGUAUUGUCAGGCUGGCCUGAAGCCAAGCAAAACUUGCAAUCGACUCUUAUUCCGUAUUGGUCAUUUCGUGAUGAGAUAUCACAUGUGGAUGGACUACUGUUCAAAGGCAGUAAACUCUUGAUUCCGAAGUCGAUGCAACAGAAAAUGUUGGACUUAGUGCAUGAAUCACAUCUCGGAAUAGUGAAAUGCAAGAGCCGAGCGCGAGAGUGUAUGUACUGGCCAGGUAUGGCAGCACAGAUUGAGGACAAAGUUUCAAAGUGUCAUAUUUGUGCAGAAGUACAGAAUUCAAAUCCUAAGGAACCAAUGAUAUGUACAGAGUUGCCGGACCGUCCAUGGUCCAAGAUCGCGUCCGACAUAUUUGCAUACCAGCAAAAUCAUUACAUAAUUGCGGUCGAUUACUACUCUAAGUGGCCGGAGAUCAAGAUUCUAAAGGACUUGUCAUCAUGUCAAGUUGUGAACUCGCUCAAAAGCAUGUAUUCAAAAUAUGGAAUCCCGGAUGAACUAGUAUCCGACAAUGGUCCGCAGUAUACAAGCAAGGAGUUCAAGGAUUUCACAAAGGAAUAUGGAUUCACCCACACCACAUCAAGUCCGUUGUAUCCAAAAUCAAAUGGACAAGCGGAGAGGAUGGUACAAACCGUCAAACGGAUUCUCAAGAAAAACAAAGAUCCGUACAUAGCACUAAUGGAUUACCGUAACACGGAAAUUCAAGGACUAGGAAAAUCACCAGCACAGAUGUUUCUAGGACGUCGUCUGAAAACAAAAUUACCGACAACGGCAAAACUUUUGCGUUCCAUGAACAAUGACACUCAUGAGAAAUUGAAAUCUAGACAGCUAAACUUUAAAAGAUUUCACGACAGGAAUGCAACCAAGAACCUACCAGAUCUGCAAGCAGGAGACCGUGUAAUGUUGAAAGUACAAAAUUCGUGGAAACAUGCCAACAUCGAGUCAAAACAUCACCAACCGAAAUCGUUUAUCGUGUCAUGUGAAGGAAAGCAAUACCGUCGCAACCGAAGCAGUAUGAAACAAACAAAAUCGAUUAAAGAAACAUCCGAAGUCGAAGGAUUUGACUUUCAGCUUCCCGACAGUGUUUCUCAACAGAUUCCAGGAACUACUCGUCCGAACAGCGACAAUGCUAGUGAACAUCCGAACUGUGACCGCGAAACCGAACAAGCUCGAUGUACCCGUCCAAAACAAACUCUAUCGUUUCCAACUCCACCGAAAGAACUGAACAAAACGCGAUCGGGACGUACUAUCAAAGCUCCUGGCAAAUACGCAGACUAUGUUAUGCAGACAGUUUAA